AUGGCUACCGGUAACUACGACGACGACGGGUUUGAUAAUCCGUCGUCCAACAACAGCCCGUAUCUGCGGAAUCAGCAGCCAGCAGCGCGCCAGCACCAGGAUGAGAGCGGAUUCGACGGAUACUACAGCUCGCCGCCGCCGCAGGCCGGAUACUUUGGGCUGCCGGACCACAGUAACAACCAGCACAGCCACCACCGCGGCAGCAGCGCCGGCGGCGUCGAGCUCGAGGUGCUCUCCAACACCAGCUCGAACACGCGCAACAACGAGUCCAAGGGCGACCACCGGUCCGACUACUCGUCACAGGGCGGCGGCCAGCCCGACCGGCCUCUAAUUUCGGGCGAGCCGCUCAUCCAAGGCAUCAGCGAGAUUGCGCCACCCAUCCCCGUUGCCUCCAAGGUCGAGGAUGGCAAGCGGCUGCAGCGCCGUGCGAACCGGAGCGCGAACUACGACGAUGAGGAGGCUGCUGUCGGCUCGUCUUCCGCAUACCAGUCGUACCAGCCGCCGACCCGCGGCCGCUCGCUGGUCAGGCCCGGGCGCACAGUGUCCGAUGACGCUGAGUAUGGCUCGGCCGACAAGCAGCAGGUGCUGACCCGCAACAGCGAGAGCGGCCGGGCCAGGGCAUCGACUGCCAGUGCCCGGCGUCGGCGCAAGCAGCAGGCCAUGUACACACCGCCCAAGCGCCGCUGCUGCGCGUCGCCAUGGCAGACAUAUUGCCGGGUGGUCACGUUCUAUGCGCCCAAUAGAGUGCUAAAGUGCUUUGGCAUGCCGCAGGAGGAGGUGCAGAUGGCGUGGCGCGAGAAGAUGGGCCUGGUGACGAUCAUCAUCCUCAUCAUGGGCUGCAUUGCGUUCCUGACAUUCGGAUUCCAGCAGGUGCUGUGCGGCCUGUCGGGCAAGCAGACGCGCAUCAAGUGGAACGAGGUCGGCAACGGGUACGUGGUGGUGCAGGGCCGCGCCUACGACAUCACCAGGUUCCAGCACGAGAAGGCCACGCCGUGGACAGGCCAGGAGAACGCCAACCUCAUGGGCGAGCCCGCCAAUGCGGGCGGCAAGGACCUCAGCUUCCUGUUCCAGAACCCAAACAGCAACUGCCGCGGCGUGCUUUCGUACGACAAGAACCUGGUUGAUGACAACGACAACGUGGUCAAGGUGUUCCCGUGUGUGUACGUUAACCAGACCGACAUUAUCAAUCCGAGCCAGAUCCCGAACGACCAGGGCUGCCACAACACCGCCGCCGGCCGCCGCGCUCUGCGCAACCUGCCCAACACUCCCAUCCAGUACUCGUGGAAGGACGUGCGCAAGCAGCCCAACCUGGUCGUGUUCAACGGUGCCGUGCUUGACCUGGCUCGCGGCCAGUUCUUCUUGGAUGGCGUGCACAUGCCCCUGACCAUGCAGAAUCUGAUCAACCAGGGCUCGAUGCGCGGCAAGGAUAUCUCGCUGUUUCUGCCCAGCGGCGACCGCAAGCGCAUUGGCCGCUGCAUGAUGGACCUGUUCCGCGUUGGCUCCAUUGACUCGUCGUCGCUCGGCUGCAUUGCUGCCAACAUCGAGCUGUACGUAUCUCUGAUUGUCAUUCUUGGCGGCGUGUUUGCAAAGUUCUUCAUGGCCAUCUACUUUGGCUGGUUCAUGGGCCGCCGCAUUGGUCAGAUCAAGGAGGAGACGCCCGAGACGCGUCGCGAGCGCCAGGCCGAGAUCGAGGCCUGGGCCGACGUCAACAACCACUACGGCAAGGAGAAGCUGGAGCGCAAGUAUACAGUGCUCAACAACAACAAGGACAACCGCAAGUCGCGCUUCUUCCCCACCACCUCGCGCUACUCGCACUACAUGCCUGGUGACGAGCCGGGAUCGCGCGACAAGAGCCGCCAGAGCCGCCAGUCGCGCGCCAUCGGCUCGUCAGCCAUGCCGCGCCAGUCGGCGUUCUUCUCGGACCACCGCUCCAGCCAGUUCUCGCAGACCCAGAGCAUGGUGUUCCCGAACAGCGGCGGAGACCAGCUGCUGCCCAAGACCAGCGAUGGCAUCGACAUCAAGGCGCUCUCCAUGCCGCCUGGCCCGCCCGUGCCUGUUGCCUCGCCGUGGAACUUUGAACUCGCCUACACCAUGCUGCUCGUGACCUGUUACUCGGAGGGAGCCCACGGAAUCCGCACUACCCUAGACUCGCUGUGCGGCACCGACUACCCGACCUCGCACAAGUGCUUGUUUAUCAUCUGUGACGGCCUGAUCAAGGGUGCCGGCGAAGACAUGUACACGCCCGACGUGUGCUUGUCGAUGAUGACUGAUUUCGUGAUCCCGCCCGACCGCGUGCAGCCGUACUCGUAUGUGUCGAUUGCGCAGGGCUCGAAGCGCCACAACAUGGCCAAGCUGUAUGCUGGAUACUACGCGCCGAGCGAGAACUCGCCCAAGAACGCGCGCGAGAACCGCGUCCCCAUGAUUCUCGUUGUCAAGUGCGGUACGCCCGAGGAGGCAAACGAGCCCAAGCCCGGUAACCGCGGCAAGCGCGACUCGCAGAUCAUCCUGAUGAGCUUCCUCCAGCGCGUCAUGUUUGACGAGCGCAUGACCGAGCUCGAGUACGAGCUGUUCAAUGCCAUGUGGAACGUGACAGGCGUGACCCCCGACAACUUUGAGAUUGUGCUCAUGGUGGAUGCCGACACCAAGGUCUAUGUGGAUAGCGUCACGCGCAUGGUCAAGGCCAUGGUCGACGACCCGACCAUCAUGGGCCUGUGCGGCGAGACCAAGAUUGCCAACAAGACCGACUCGUGGGUGUCGAUGAUCCAGGCCAAGGCCUUCGAGUCUGUGUUUGGCGGUGUGACCUGUCUGCCUGGCUGCUUCUGCAUGUACCGUAUCAAGGCACCCAAGGGCCAGCACGGCUACUGGGUUCCCAUCCUGGCCAACCCCGACAUUGUUGAGAACUACUCGGAGAACGUCGUCGACACGCUGCACCGCAAGAAUCUGCUGCUGCUCGGAGAGGACCGCUAUCUGACGACCCUGAUGCUGCGCACGUUCCCCAAGCGCAAGAUGAUGUUUGUGCCAUCGGCUGUGUGCAAGACCAUCGUGCCCGACGAGUUCAAGGUUCUGCUGUCGCAGCGCCGUCGCUGGAUCAACUCGACUGUCCACAACCUGGCCGAGCUGGUUCUUGUCAACGACCUGUGCGGAACCUUCUGCCUGUCGAUGCAGUUUAUCAUUUUCAUGGAUCUGGUUGGCACCCUGGCUCUCCCUGCUGCCAUCGUGUUCACGCUGUACGUUAUUGUCAUCUCGACAUUCACGCGCCCCGUGCCCUGGCUGCCGCUGGCCCUUCUGGCGGUCAUUCUUGGUCUGCCUGCGGUCCUGAUCGGUCUGACCUCGCGCAAGCUCGUGUACAUUGGCUGGAUGCUCAUCUACCUGGGAUCCCUGCCCAUUUGGAACUUUGUCCUUCCGACAUACGCAUACUGGCACUUUGACGACUUCUCGUGGGGCCAGACCCGUAUGGUGCAGGGCGAAGGCAAGGAUACGGGCCAUGGCAGCGGCGACGGCGAGUUUGACUCGUCGCAGAUUGUCAUGAAGCGCUGGUGUGACUUUGAGGCUGACAAGCGCCGCAAGACGCAGAUGAUUCUGGGGUCGGUGCCCAGCCUGGCCGCCCUCGCCAUGACCAACUCGUCCGACCCGUCGGUCAAUGCGCGCAGCUCGCGCGUUGUCUCCAUGCGUCCAUCGUCGGUCAUGUCGCCCCAGAUCACCACUACGUCAACGAACCAGACUGCCGACUCCACCGACCAGCUCAUUGCCACCGUUGGCCCCGCCGCGCAGCUGCAGCAGGCUGCCAGCCAGAUUGCUGAUUCGGAGGCACAGGCUGCUGCGGGCUCAAUCGAGCGCCUCGGCUACAUGACCCCCAACAUCAUCCCUGUGCUGGCGUCCCAAGGGCAUGUCGGCACGCAACUCGACUUCCGGAAUGCGUCGUUCUCGCCCGAUAACAAUGCGCCGUUCUACGCCGGGUCGUCGGGCAACACAUCGUCAGUGCACUUUGCUCAGGGUACGGUGCCACAGGGCCCGAGCUCCAACGGAUCGAGCAACCACAACGAGUCGUCAGGGUCGCUGCCGUCGGUCAAGAAACAGUAA